GAGAGAUGAGGGAGGCUGGCAGCAGCAGACUCAGACGGUGCCCGGCCUGGAGCUGGAAGCAUUGCGCCUCAGCCUGAGCAACAUGCACACUGCGCAGCUGGAGCUGACGCAGGCCAACCUGCAGAGGGAGAAGGAGACGGCGCUGACAGAACUGCGGGAGAUGCUGAACGGCCGGCGAGCCCAGGAGCUGGCGCUGCUGCAGAGCCGGCAGCAGCACGAGCUGGAGCUGAUGCGAGAGCAGCAUGCCCGGGAGAAGGAGGAGAUGGCACUGAGGAGUGCCCAGGAGACAGCUGAGCUGAAGGAGCAGUUACAGUCAGAAGUGGAAAAGAAUGUCCAGAUAAUGGAGAUGAUGAAACAAGACUGCGAGUCUGAAAGAGCUUCAUGCUUAGAAAAUCUACGCAGAGAAUUAUCUGCAAAGCAUCAGUUGGAGAUGGAAGGUUUGCAAAGCCGGUUUCAGAAAGAAUUGGCAGAGCAGAAAGCUGAGUUGCAGAAGAUUUUUGAAGCCAAAGACCAGGCUGAAUUUACCCUGAGGGAUCUGGAGGCGCAGCAUCAGGCCGCCAUGGAGAAGCUGCGUGCUGACCUGCAGUUGGAGCACUGCCAGGACCUGCAGGACCUGGAGCUUGGCUUCAGGGAGAAGGAGAAAGAGAAGCAGCUGCAGCUGGAGACUCUCCAAGCUUCCUAUGAGGACCUGAAGGCUCAGUCUCAGGAGGAAAUCAGGCGUCUGUGGUCACAGCUUGAUUGUGUGCAAGCCAACAGGCAGCUGGGUGAAGAGUUCCCCGAGCAGCUGCUGGGCCGGGCUGCUCGUGUGGAGGAGCUGGAGCACCUCCGGCAAGGCUUUGCACGGGAGCAGCAGAGGCAGAGAAGCCAGUACGAGUCUGAGCUGGAGCAGCUGAGGAUUUAUUUUGAGAAAAAAUUAAGAGAUGCUGAGAAAACUUACCAAGAGGACCUAACCCUGUUACAGCAACGGCUGCGAGAAGUGAAGGGAGAUUGUCUUCUGGAGUCUGUGGAACUCAGUUCAUCCUGUAUAUUUCUCGAAGAGAUAUCUGAAGAAGAAAGAAAAGACCACUUGGAUCGACUUUACCUUCAGCCUGGACAAUACGAGGAUAACCGGACACAGCUACAUGUGGGGUUGGAAGAAGCCUGCAGGCACCAGCCAGCAGUGCUGAGUUCUUCACUGCACCUGCAGCGUGAGGAUGGCACUGAAGACCUGGAGCCGGAGGAGCAGCAUGAGGAGCCCCCUGAGGAUGGCCACGGUCAUGCUCCCUUCUGUCUCCAGACGACGCAGGACGUGGCCCUGCAGGUUGACCUGGAGGUGGCUGCCAGAGGCCUGGGUUUGGAAACGGAGAACAAGGUUGAGCUUACACUUGCUCAAGCUGAUUUCAAGGAAGAAAUUGAACUUUUAAAAAUGGAGAACAGGAAUUUACACGAGAAGCUGCAGCAUGAAAUCCGUCUGAAGGAGGACUUAGAGAAAGUAAAACAUAAUUUAGUUGUACACCACGAGGAAGAACUAAGUAAAGCUAAGGGGAAGAUUGAACUAAUGAAGGAAGAAUUAAAAAAGAAAGAAACAGAAUGGAAAAUUACAAGUGAGCACAUGGAAAGAGAAGCUGAAGCGAGAUUAACACCGAUGCUCCUUGAACUGAAGGAAAAGGCUGAUUCUGAGAAACGCUUGCUGAUGAAAACAUUUGAGGUUCGAGAGGCAGAAAUGAGGAGACUUCAGGAUCUACAGGCAGCCCAGAUUCUGGCCCUGGAGGGAUCUGUGACGGAGCAGCAGGGCCGGCUGCAGCAGCUGGAGUGUGGGGUCCUGCCCGGGGAGGAGGCUGGACCAUGCAGCCAGUGUAGCUGCGAGCCCGCUGUCGCCCAGGACCAGAGCCUUGUCCAGGAUGGUGGGAGCGCCGUGAUGUGCCGGCAAGAGGACCUCGCCCUUCAGUUGAUGCUGGCCCAGAACCGGCUGUUGGAGGAACGCAAGGAGAUGAUGGAGAAGUUCGCUGCCGAGCAGGAUGCGUUGCUGUGUGAGGCCCAGGAGAAACACUCCCGUGAGCUCCAGGGCCUGCGGGACAGGUACCAGCAGCAGCUUCUGACUGUGCGGGCAGAGCUGGAGACCAGGCACCGGGCUGAGCUAGGCGAGCUGACGACCUCCUUGGAGAGCGAGCGGCGAGGGCUCCUAGAGGCACUUGGGGCUGAACUGCAGGCAAAACAUGCUGCGGACAUCAGUGCCUUGGAGACAAGACAUCUGUCAAGCCUGGAUUUGCUGGAGUCCCGUUACCUGUCUGAGGCGCAAGCCGUGCGGGCUGAGCACAGGAAGGCUCUGGAGCGGCUGCAGGUAGACCUGGAGGAACAGUUGCAGGACCAGGCAACUUUGACUCAGGAGUUGGAGAAGCUCCAGCUGAGGCAUGACGAGGAGCUCCAGUCGGCCAAGGAUAGCCUGAGGGACGAACUGAGUGCCGCCCAUGCCCAGGACCUGAGAGCCCUGGCUGUGAGGCUGCAGGCAGCUCACCAGGAGGAACUGGCUACAGCCCUGCGUGAUCAGAGGCGCCUGCUACAAGAGGAGUGGGUUGCAGCUCAGGACAGAAUGGGCGCUGAGGUCCUGAGCCUGGAUUGCCAGCACCAAGCUACUGUGCAGGAACCAGGAGCCAGGCCUGUGGCCAAGACACAGCCGCAGGAGCGAGCCGAGCAGGCUGAGUCCCAGGUGGUGCAGGCCCCGCGGGAGCAGGUUGUGAAGGAAGGAUUUGAAGGUGAGAGGAACGCUGUUCCACAUCAACCAGAGGAGGUGGGGAACUGCGACAGGGAGCAGGGCCAGCUAUGCCCACAGGAGACCGCAGCAUCUCUGUCGCUGCAGCUUCAGGAGAAAACCCACCAGGCCCAGCAGCUGGAAGCCCAAGUCUUGUCCCUGAGGCAAGAGGUGGAGGGGCACCGUUCUGAGCUUGAGACACUGCGGCAGAGGCGCGAGAGGGAGAACACAGAGGGCGCACACCUCAUCUCCAUGCUCAGAGCUGACGUCGACCUGUGUCAUAGCGAAAGGAGAGCCCUCCAGGAUGCCCUCAGAAGACUGCUGGGAUUGUUUGGAGAGACAGUGAAGGCAGCCAUGGCUUUGAAGACCCGGAUCAGUGAGCACGUGGGGCUGUGCCUGGAUGAUAUGGUUACCGGAGAUGGACAGGCCCUGUCAGCAGCACUGGAAGAUGAGAGCUGGCCAGACACAGUUCUGCUGGAGCUCGACCGGGCAUUACCCGAGAGUGCAGACAUGUCUUCUGUGGCUGACAUCAGCAGCCAUGUGUGCGAAAGCUUCUUCCUGAACCCAGAGAGCAUGCUGGACUGUGAGCAGCCAGUGAGGCGCAUCUAUCAGAGUCUCCGCGUGGCUGUGGACAGCCUGCUAGAAAUGACCCUGGACUCCACCCGGCAGCUGGAAGAAGCACGUCAGAUUCAUUCUCGUUUUGAAAAAGAAUUUAGUCAUAAAAAGGAAGAGAUGGCCCAGGCCAUCAAGAAGCACAAGGAGGUGUUGGACUGCCUGCAGGAGGAGAGUGCUGCUAAGGCGUCCCUGGCCCUGGAGCUGCACAAGAUGGAGGGCCUCCUGGAAGGGCUCAAGGUGGAGAAAGCAGGUCUUGAAGAGGCGCUGGGCCUCAGGGAGGACUCUGAGCAGCAUCUCAUCCUGGAGCUGGAAGGCCUGAGGCUGCAGCUGCAGCAGGAGGCCCAGGCGCAUGCUGCACUGAAGGAGGGGUAUGCAGUCCUGCAGGGCCUCAAGGAAGAAAGAGAAGCUGCUCUGCGGCAAGAGGUGGAGAAUCUAAACAGGGAGCAGUUGGAGAGCAGGAGGCAGUCUGAGAAGGACCGUGCCGCCAUGCUGGCCCAGAUGGGGGUGCUGGAGCUGGAGCUCGAGGAGCAGCUUGCUCAGCACCGCGGCUGUGCCCGGCAGGCCGAGGAGGUGGCCGCCCUGAAGCAGGAGAUGGCUGCUCUGGACAAGCAUCUGCGCAGCCAACGGCAGUUCAUGGAUGAGCAGGCCGCAGAGCGGGAGCAUGAGCGUGAAGACUUCCAGCAAGAGAUCAACAAGCUGCAGGAGCAGCUGCGCCAGGCUACUAGGCUGCAGCCCCAGAGCCCCCCCGGCAGCUGGCGCACACGGCUGGACGAGGAGGUUGAAUCGUUAUUAGAACAAUUGAGAGAAAAAUGCGAUGGAUUUAAUGAGUUGGCUCUAAAGAAGGAGUCGGCAGACAGACAAGUGUUGAUCCAGGGAGAAGAAAUUAGGCGUCUGGAGGAGGUGAACGCCGGCAGCAGGAGGGAGGUCCUGCAGCUCCAGGAAGAGCUGGAGAGGCACAAGAGAGCCAUCAAAGAGCUGGAGCAGGAUAAAGAGGCACUAAAGAACCAGCAGAUGAAUAGCCACCUGCAUCUGUCUGCGUUGCAUUCUGAGCCAACUGAGGGCUGUGGUCCUGUGCCUCCUCUGGACAACCCUUCCGAAGGUCCGGGAAUGCAGCUGCAGGCAGCACAGCAGGGACUCUUGCAACGUGAGAGCGAGGUUUUAGAAUUAAAAGCACAGCUAGAGGAGAUUAAAGAAGACUUAGUGAGUAAAAAUGAAGAAAUUCUGCAUCUGAACUUACAGUUAAGUGUGCAGAAUGACCGUCUUCCUGCCAGCACUGGAGAGCGUCAAGAGGAGAAUUGCGACUCACAGGUUACGUACGACAGAAGCUAUGAAAUUGAGGAGCUGAAGGCUGUUAUUGAAAAUCUGCGUGAGAACCAAGAGCGGCUGCAGAAGGAUAAAGCAGAGGAAAUUGAGCAGCUGCAUGAAGUCAUUGAGAAGCUGCAGAGAGAGCUGUCCCUCAUGGGGCCUGUGGUGCAUGAGGUCAGCGACAGUCAGACUGAUAGUCUCCAGCGUGAGCUGCUGUGCUGUCAGGUCCAGGGUCCGCCUGGGCUCCAGGGAGAGCUGGAAGCCUCACAUGCAGCCAAGGAGGCCCUGGGCCAGCUCCUGACUGAGCAGGAGCAAAGCCACAGCCAGGCCCUGGAGGCCUUGCAGCAGCAUCUGCGCAGUGCGGAGGAGGCUGCCGCACGGCAGCUGGAGGAGCUUGAGUGUAGAGUGGCGCUCAGAGAAGCUGAGGCCCAGAGCAUGGCCUCCCGGAUCCAGGAGUUCGAGACUGUUCUCAAAGCAAAGGAGGCCACAAUUGCGGAGAAGAAUUCAGAGAUUGAGGCCAUGAGCAAGUGGAAGAUGUUCCACUGCACAGAGCUGCAGGCCAUCCUGCUGGCUGUGGCCCGUUUCCGUCAUGCUCUGGAGCAACAACCCCUGGUGGUCCUGGAUGAGCCCCUCGAGCUGCAGCGCCUGCGGGCACAGUGUGCCCGCCUCAGCCGACAGCUGCAAGUACUGAACCAGCGCUUCCUGAGGUGCCAGCGGGAGCUGGACAAGCACCAUGCCCAUGGCACUGGGGCCCACCCUGAUUCUCAUGUGAACACAGAGGCUGUAUGUGAUGCCAUCUCCAAGCAGAUAACUUCUGGCAGCCAAGGCCCAGACCAUGAUGCCCAGAGUGAUUUGCAGCGUGCCAAAGUCCUGGUGACUUUGAAGGACACAGGCCUGUGCAGACCGGACAGCGUCAUAUCGGUGCUCGCCGUGUGCCAGAGGCAGCUGGAGUCAGAGCUGCUGCUGCUGAGGAACGAGAUGUGCCUCGGUGGGAAUGAUGGCAGCCAGCUAUUGGAAAGGCUGAAGGGCAAGGAAAGACGACUGGAUGGCUGCCAGCUGUGGAAAGUCGACCUUGUAGCCCAGGUCAAACAGCUUCAGGAAAAAUUGAACCAUCUGGUGUAUUCCAUGGUGUUCCAGAAUGUCGACGCUGAAGCUUUCAGACUUCAGCGGAUGUUGACAGUGACGUGUGCGCCUGAGGACGGUUUGGGUGGUGGUUCCCACAGCCCUGAAGAAGCUGACAGAUUACUCCCUGUUGAUACACUUGAUUUUGACAAAAACACGUGGGAUCUGGUUGAUGUGACUAAAGAUCAGGAUUCUUGGGCAGCGAAUGAGAUGCUAAAUGGUUCCAUCCAUGAAAACUCCCAGGUUGGGUCCCUUGGCUUCCAAACCAGCACGCACAGUGACUGUCAUGGCCCGACUCCCGUGGAGGAGGCCAAGCCCCUGACUGAGACUUCUGGAAUGUUGGACUUGUCUUUCUGGAGCUCUCCCGAGGUCCUCAGGAAGGAUUCAACCCUUGAGACCCAACUCCACCUCCCCCUGACGCCAUGCUCAGGCACCCUGAGCCUCUGUGGUGCCGAUGCCUCUCUGCUGCCUGGGCUGCUGAGCCCUCCAGGGGAGCUGGCAGGGCAGUCCCUGCGCUGGGUAGAGUCUCCACUAGCUGAUCAGAGCCCUGUGCAGAGGAUGGCUGCGGAGAAGGAUGUUGAAGAUUUCAUCGUAACGUCUUUGGAUGCUCAAGAUCUUUUGAGAUCACCUCCUCUUGGGUUGGAAGGGAAAAGCAGUGGAAGUGAGAACUGUGACAGCUCAGCUUCUGGAGCUAUGUUGAGCACAGGACCUGGAGGGCCUGAGGCAUCUGCUGCUGGCCCUGGAGCGUCUCAACCAUCUCUAGGUGCCAUGAGGAAGGAAGUCCACCCGAAGCAGGUGAAGGCUUUGCUUCAGAUGGUGUGUGAUGAGAGCCACCAGAUCCUGGCCUUGUCGGAGAAUCGUGACCCCCCCAAUGCUCUAAGCAGGGGUGAGCCACGUGACCCCCUGCACCACUUGCGAAGUGAUGGGCAGGGUCUGUUGGAGGUGGCCCCCGACACAGGCGAGAAGGAAUCUCUUGACUCGAGCUUUGGCUGGCGAGGAGCAUUUCUUCACGCUGUCCGGGAGGUGUUGGCUGGUGAGCUGCCGCCCAGGCUUUGUGGCACAGACCCUGGGGACCACAGCUCUGUGCUGCAGAGGCUGGAGAAGGUCAUCCAAGAGCAGGGAGACUUGCAGGAAAGGUCCUUGGAGCACCUGCGCCUUGCUGACAGGAGCAGCCUGCUGUCUGAGAUCCAGGCCCUGCGUGCCCAGCUGCGCAUGACGCACCUGCAGAACCAGGAGAAGCUGCAGCAGCUGUGCACAGCCCUGACAAGUGCUGAAGCCCGUGGGAGUCGGCAGGAGCACCAGCUGCGCAGGCAGGUUGAAUUGUUGGCGUACAAAGUGGAGCAGGAGAAGUGUAUAGCCAGUGACUUACAGAAGACCCUGAGCGAGGAGCAGGAGAAAGCAAACGAUGUGCGGAAACUCCUGGUGACGGAGCAGAACACGGUGACGGACCUGAAAUCCGAGCUGUGUGAGUGCAAGCAGGAGAACGAGAGGCUGCUGAAAUCCCUUGACGACGUGCAGAAGGACGUUGUCAAGCUCAGGUCUGCGUUGGACAGCAAGGAGAAGGACCUACAGGCUCUGCUUCAGGAGCUGGAGCGUGAGCACGCCAGGGAGCAGGCCCUGCAGACCCAGCUGGAGGAGGAGCAGCAGCAGCACCUGCAGAGGGAGGCCCAGAGCUCCAAGUCCCUGGAGGAGCUGAGGCUGGCGCUGGAGAAGCAGUCUGCUCGGAACAGCCGACUGUGUGUCGCACUGAAGCAUGAGCAGGCCGCCAAGGACAAUCUUCAGAAGGAGUUGCAGAUUGAGUCUUCCCGCUGCGAGGCCCUGCUGGCUCAGGAACGUGGCCAGCUCUGUGAGCUCCAGAAGAGCCUGGGGGCUGAGAAGAGCCGCUCGCGGGAGCUGUCGGAGGCCUUACAGCAUGAGCGGCUCCUGACGGAGCAGCUGAGCCGCCGGGUGCAGGAGGGACCGGCGCAGCACGCUCUGCUGUGGAAGCUGAAGGAAGAGAAGUCGCGUGCAAGCGAGCUGCAGGCCGUGUUGGACAGAGUGCAGCAGCAGGCUGUGCAGGCGCAGCACCAGCUGCAGGCUGAGGCCCAGAAGCGCUGUGAGGAGCUCAGGCGGGAGAAGGAGCGAGAACUGGAGCUGCAGCGGCAGCGUGAUGAGCAUAAGAUCAGGCAGCUUCAGCAGACGGUGAGAGCCCUGGAGGCCAGAGAGGCGCCACCGCGGGCUGGGGGCCCCCGCGCGGCCGACAGCUCCGAGUUGGACCAGCUGCAGGAGCGGCACCAGAAGCUGGAGAAGAUAAGGCAGCAGCUGCUCGGGGCUGCUGGGCUGCUGACCGGAUUCAUCAACCAGACCAUGGACAGGACUAUUAAGGACUGGACCUCCUCCAACGAGAAGGCUGUGACGUCUUUACUGCACACACUGGAAGACCUGAAGUCUGAGUUGAGCACAGCCCCUGCCUCCCAGAAGAAAUCGGCAGCAGAGCUCCAGGUGCAACUUGUGGACGUCCUCCUGAAAGACAACGAUUCUCUGACCAAAGCCCUCAGCACCCUGACCCGGGAGAAGGCGGAGCUGUGCAGGGCCGUGUCCAGGCUGGAGAAGACCCUGAAGCAGCAUCUGCACAGGGGCUGCGCCCUCAGCAGGUCAGAUCGCUCUACAUGGAAGCCAGAGAGGGCAGCUCUGCAGAGUUCAGCGGGACAGCCGGUGCCAGCUGCAAGCGAGGAAGCAAAUACCUACAGCAUUAGAAUGGAAAAGUUGUACCUGCAUUAUUUGAGGGCAGAGAGCUUUAGAAAAGCCCUCAUCUAUCAGAAGAAGUACCUGCUGCUGUUGAUCGGUGGGUUCCAGGACUCGGAGCAGGAGACGCUCUCCAUGAUCGCACACCUCGGCGUGUUUCCCUCCAAAGCAGAUAAGAAGGCGAGCGGGUCGCGCCCCUUCACCAAGUUCCGCACGGCUGUCAGGGUGGUCAUCGCGGUGUCACGAUUACGUUUUUUGGUCAGGAAAUGGCAAGAAGUUGAUCGGAAAGGAGCCCUGGCCCAAGGCAAAGCUUCCCGUCCAGGACACCGAGCCUCCCGGCAGCAGCACUCCAUCCCUGAGACCAGAGGGUUUCCUCCUGGCCACGCCAGAGACCUGGAGCCAGGCCCUGGACCUGCAGCAGCCCUUCCGGGAGGAAGGGGGAGAUGUACUCCAUCUCCAAAUGCAAGACUGGAAACAACCCCGAGUGCAUCCCAAGAUCCAGAACAUUCCUUAACAGAGUAUAUUCAGCAUUUAGAAAUGAUCCAGAGAAGACUGGAGGGAGUCCAGCCAGAUUCCACUUCAAAAGAAUCCUGCUGCCAGAAGAUUAAACACUGAAUAAACUCCUGUGGCUCUUA